AGAGAGGGAGAAUGGAAGCUAUAUAUGGUGUUUGAAGCAUUGUGAAGGGAGGUUAUUGGCUAUUGCAGAGAAUAUCUAAAAGGAGGAAGCUACAUGUGAGGACAUUUACUGUAGCCUUUCACAAUCAGCCAAUCAGCCCUCCCCCUGUCCAAGUGGCGUUAAUAACCAGACACUGAGAGGAAGCUACGGAGCAGAUGAAGAUGAAUCCAUGGACCCUCUCUGUGCUUCUGCUGCUAGCUGGGCCGCUGGGGGCGGACCCUGACUGGCACGUGGAGUACCCUGACUCCUUCUGCGUGGUGGAGGGCUCCACCGCCACCAUCCCCUGCAGCUUCACCCACCCCGCGGGGCACCGGGUGGAGCGGGUGGUCUGGUGCACCAAUCAGGUGUUCUGCAAUGACAUCACGUCCACGCCCAACGUGUACGACAGCAACGUCCGGGCCGACAGCAGGUUCCAGUACCUGGAGGACCUCGUCGGGAACUGCACCUUAAAGAUCAUCAAGACGGUGAAACAGGACGCUGCAACGUACCUCUUCCGCUUCGAGACCAACUACGAUAACUGGGCCGGACGGAAAGGAGUCGUAGUCAACGUCACUGAUGGAGAGGUUGUGAAGGUCAGAAGCUCCGUCACUGACCAUGUGGUGAAAGAGGGCGGUCAGGUCACACUCACCUGUACCUCAGCCUGCUCCUUCCACCAAUUGGACGUCCACUGGUACAGAAAUGGCCACGCCCUAUCAGAGACAGGCCCCGCCCUCCACCUCAGCGGUCUGUCCAAUGACGACGCAGGGAAUUACACCUGCUCUCUGGACUCCAGUGGGCGGAACACCUCUGCGCCUUGGUGUCUGGUCGUGGUGGAAGAUGAAGGAUUCCACAGGUCCGUCCACCUGAAGGUUGCCGUGGUGAAGGGCGUGGUGUUGGCGGUUCUCCUUCUCCUCCUGGCUGGGGUUGUCUUCGCUAAAUGGUUUUCAAACAAAACCAAACGUAUCUAAAAAAACUGUUUGUCGAAAUUGAAGUUGAUUAAAUUAACAUAUUUGUACACUUUUUUUUUUCAGAUUAAAAAAUAAUUUUUCCUUUUAAUGAAUGUGUUAAAGAUGAUUGUAUUUUAGAAUAAUUAUUUCGCCAUAUUGGAGUAAAUUCCGUUGACGUCCCUGUGAACUGUGGCUGACGGCUGGUCUCAGCAGCC